GCGUGCUGACGUGUCUGGCCCCGCUGCAAGAUGGCGGCUGAGUCCGAGCAGUUGCUUCGGUUCCGGAACCAGUUCCGAGCGGCGGCUCCGACCGCGAUUCCCGGGGACUCGGUGUGGCCGGGAGCACGAGCAGAUUUACAAGAUGAGGAAAAGAAGAAGGAAAAACCACUUCCUCGAUUUAAUAUGCACUCUGUGUUCUGGAUUUUAGCAUCAAUCGCAGUGACCUAUUACGUUGAAUUUUUUUCCACAAUUAAAACUGACUACCGAAUAGAGGGUCGGUGGUUCCUGUUAGGCACCUCACUACUCAUAAUUAGCUUACUGAUUGCAUUCUACUGCAUCUUCUACCUGGAGUGGUACAGAGGGAUCAGAGAAUAUGAGCAAUAUAAUCCUACCCUGGUUCCUUCAGCUACAGCAUCUUUCAUUGCUGCAGCAGUAUGCUUUAAUAUUGCACUGUGGCCAGUGUGGUCUUUCUUUACUCCUUUCAUCCUUUUCACUCAAUUUAUGGGUGUUGUGAUGUUUGUAUCACUACUAGGAUGAUUUGUAGAGCUCAGCUCAGUAUUUCCUGUAAAUAAAGAAGUUGUCUUUCAAGAACCUGCAAUUGUUACAUAAAAUAUUCAAGUAACUGAAAUGGAAAGCUUUAGUUCAAUGAAUUUCACUAUUAUAAUUCCUUUUGCAUCUGUCCAUGAUCCGUGAUUCCGUUUACAGAACAAGAUUGCUUUUAUACAAGAUUUAAACAUUACAAUUGUUACUCUGUGAAUAAGUGUAAUUAUAGAAUUGAAUAAAUCUUUGUAGUAUUAUGAACAAAUAUAAUAAUGACCUUUUAAAUGUGACAUGAGAACUGGCUGAAAUGAGAGCAAGUGUUGCCAGUGAUGACUCUCUCUGAUGGCAUAUAUAAUCAAGGAAAUUGCCUCUUUUUCUUACCUAUGUUAUAAGUCCUUCACUGACAUAAAACAGAAUCCAGAUGAUCACCCUCCAAUUUGUCCCUUAUUUUUAUCAACUCCUAUGAUAGCAUUUUUAAGUAGAAAGGUAUCCUGGUUUAAGUCUUCUGCAAGAACCAUCUGAAUCGGCAGCUGUACUUUUCAUUUCAUUUAAUUCCCUCUCCUAUCCUGUGGGGUAACACCCGAUCUGCAUUUUGUUUCGUCGAUCAGAUGCACCAUUAUUGUUCACUUUAUAUUUAUUUUAAAGUAGCAGGUUAAAGUUGCCUUUGUAGAAUUUCAGAACCAACUUAAAGGGUGAGGCCUAUUGCACAUUCCCAUUCCUUGUUUAUGGAAUGGCAGAAGUUUGCAACCUGCUUGUUUUUUCUGCCAGAAGUUGCAAGUGAUGCAGGAAGAUCUGUAAAACAAAAUCUUCAAAUGCAUGAAAAUUACAUAAAAUUUAUUGUAUACAUGUAUACAUGGCAUGUGGUUAUGAUUAAUGUUGGCAUCUAACAAACAUGCUAAGAAUUUGCAUGUAUUCCAUGCUAUUUCUUCUGACCUAAUUCCAUGACAGGCUGUGUAGAGUCUUAAAAAGUCAGCAUGCAAGUGUUUGAUAGGUAAUUUUGUUAUCACAUUGCUAUAUAAAUUUAAAUGCAUAUUACAUUGCAAUUUAUCAGAACUGGAAUAUUUGUGUACAAAAUUGUGUUUUUGCUCUUAUUUAAAAUGUGUAUGUUGCUGUUUAUUUCUCAUUUUUGAAUUAAAACUGAAACACAAAAAACUACAAUAUUCAUCUCAGCUCGGUACCUACACUAACAUAACGUUCAUCUGUUUCUUUUGUAUUGUCAUUUCACAAAAUGAAUAAUUAAAUCUGCUUAUAAAUUAAAUUGCU